CGGGUCUAGUGUUGGCGCCAGCAAAUUUCUAAAAAGAAAACAAAUCGUCAGGAGUCUCCACACUACCGCUUCCCGCCAAAGUUGAUUCCCGGAUUUCUCACUGGAUUCCCGCCUUAUUACUCCUACAUACUUUAUACAUACAUGUAGAUACAGUUGUAUGUAUAAUUUGUAUACAGACACAUAUCACUAACCUAAAAAUAAUCACACUCACAAUUUGUUUGUUAACCAAUCAAAUCAAAAUGGCAUUCCGGCGACCAUCCAACGGCCGGUCACCGUUAGUGAAUCCACAACGUCAAAUCACAUCUUUCUUCACCAAAUCACCCUCACCAUCUCAAUCCCAAUCUCCAUCCCCUGUUCAAUCAAACCCUAAAUUAAACCCUAAAUCAAACCCUAACCCUAAUUCCCCUUCCCCAUCCACACUUCAACCCAAAAUCACUAAAAAGCUCCCCUUAGUUAUCGGCCAAGCUCCGAAAAACCCGAGCUACGGCGAAGAAGUAGUGAAUCGAAGGAUUAGGGUUUACUGGCCACUUGAUAAAAUCUGGUACGAAGGUUAUAUUAAGUCAUUUGAUAAGAGUGUAUCUAAGCAUUUGGUUCAGUAUGAUGAUUCUGAAGAGGAGCUUUUGGAUCUAUCCAAGGAGAAAGUUGAGAUUUUAAAGCAGGAAAAGGCGAAACGGUUUCGCCGAUUAAGACGGUUUUCGAUUGAGGACAAUGUGGGUAAAAGUAAAGAUGAUGAUGAUGAUGAUGAUUGGGAAAUGAAGGCUGAUAAGGAUGUUGUUGAUGAUGACAGUGAUGAUAAAGAUUGGGAAAUGAAGGUUGAUAAAGAUGUUGUUGAUGAUGAUGAAAUGGUGGAUUUGGGUUUGGUUGACGAGGAGGAGGAAGAAGAAGAAGAAGAUGUUAAAAAAGCGGACUUCAAGAAACGAAAGGGGUCGGGUGUAAAAUUGAAUUCGGAUUCGGGUAAGAAGAUUAAGACCGAGUCUCCAAUAAGCCGGUGCACAUUUUUGGAGGCUACUAAGAAUAAGGAUAAUUCUGCAGGUGUGAAGGUAUCUAAUAUUGUAGGUAACACUGCUGUAGUUGGUGAUAAAGCCGACAGAUUUGCCUUGCGAGAAGAAGAGAAAUUUAAGUUUCUUGGAAAGAACCGCAGAGACUCCAAGAGGAGAUCCCCCGGAGAUGAUGGUUACGAUCCAAGAACUCUGUACCUGCCUUCUGAUUUCCUUAAUAAACUAACUGGUGGCCAGAGGCAAUGGUGGGAGUUCAAGGCAAAUCAUAUGGAUAAGGUUUUAUUUUUCAAGAUGGGAAAGUUUUACGAGCUCUUUGAAAUGGAUGCACAUGUUGGAGCAAAAGAACUUGAUUUGCAGUAUAUGAAGGGUGACCAGCCACAUUGUGGAUUUCCAGAGAAGAACUUCGAAUCAAAUGUAGAGAAGUUAGCCCGCAAGGGUUACCGUGUUCUAGUUAUAGAGCAGACAGAGACACCUGAACAGCUUGACAAGCGUCGCAAACAGCAGGGCUCUAAAGAUAAGGUUGUGAAACGUGAAAUAUGUGCGGUAAUCACCAAAGGAACAUUAACUGAUGGAGAAAUGAUGUCAGCACAUCCUGAUGCUUCUUACCUGUUUGCGAUAUCUGAAUGCUGUCAAGCAUCAGAAAACAAACAAAAUGAUAGAAUAUAUGGUGUUUGUGUAGCUGAUGUUGCUACAAGCAAGAUCAUGAUUGGAGAGUUCAAAGAUGAUUUUGAGUGCAGUGCAUUGAGCUGUUUAUUGUCUCAACUAAGACCGGUGGAAAUAAUUAAACCUAUCAAGUUGCUCAGCCCAGAAACCGAAAAAGUACUUUUAAGGCAAACAAGAAAGCCCCUUGUAAAUGAAUUGGUGCCCCUCACAGAAUUCUGGGAUUCUAAGAAAACUAUCCAUGAAAUCAAGGAGAUCUACCAGCGUAUCAGUAAUCAAUCAGUUUCAUCGUCUUCAAAUGAAUCCACAUCAUCUGCCACUAAUGAUUGCUUACCAGAAGUUCUCUCUGAGCUAAUGACUGCAGGAGAGAUCGGUAACUAUGCUCUCUCAGCCCUUGGGGGCACUCUAUUCUAUCUGAAAAAGGCCUUCCUGGAUGAGUCAUUGCUUCGGUUUGCAAAAUUUGAGCUUCUUCAAUGUUCUGGAACCAGUGAUUUCACCACAAAGCUGUAUAUGAUUCUUGAUGCUACGGCUCUAGAGAACCUUGAAGUGUUUGAGAACAGUGUAAAUGGAGACUCUAAAGGGACAUUAUAUGACCAACUAAACCGUUGCGUGACAGCCUUUGGGAAACGGUUGCUUAAAGCAUGGCUUGCUAGACCUUUAUAUGACAUAAACUUAAUCAGGGAACGUCAGGAAGCUGUAGCUGGUGUGAAGGGAGUUAAUCUACCUCUUGCACUUGAAUUUCGUAAAGAGUUGUCUAGACUUCCAGACAUGGAGCGGUUGCUUGCACGCAUUUUUUCUUGCAGCAGUGAAGCUAAUGGUAGAAAUUCGGGUAAAGUGGUUCUCUAUGAGGAUGCAGGCAAGAAACAACUUCAAGAGUUCAUAACGGUUCUCAGUGGUUGUGAUUUAGUUAUAAAUGCAUGCUCUUCACUACAUGCCAUUCUGGAAAAUACUGAUUCUAGGCUGCUGCAUCGCUUACUUACACCUGGUGAACAUCUUCCAGAUGUUUCUGCAGUUUUUAGGCAGUUCAAGGAUGCUUUUGAUUGGACAGAGGCAAAAAAUUCAGGGCGUAUAAUCCCUCGGGAAGGGGCUGAUAAAGUAUACGACAUGGCUUGCAAAACCGUUGCAGAUAUUGAAUUGAGUCUGAAAAAGCACUUGAAGGAACAAAGAGAACUACUUGAAGAUCCAUCAAUCAAUUAUGUUACUGUAGGGAAGGAAUCUUAUCUUCUUGAAGUACCUGAAAGUUUGUGUGGGAGUCUUCCUCGUGAUUAUGAGCUACAGUCAUCUAAAAAGGGUUUCUCCCGUUACUGGACUCCUGUUAUUAAGGAUUGUCUUCGGGAGCUCUCGGAAGCUGAAUCUGAGAAAGAGUCAAAGUUGAAAAGCAUCAUGCAGAGGUUGAUCGGGCGCUUCUGUGAGCAUCAUGUUAGCUGGAGACAGUUGGUUACUACAGUUGCAGAACUUGAUGUCCUAGUCAGUAUAGCCAUUGCAAGCGACCUGUAUGAAGGACCAACAUGUCGUCCACUUAUUGUGGAUCCAUCAAUCAAGAAUGAAUCACCAUUUCUUUCUGCCAAGAAUUUAGGGCAUCCUGUGCUUCGAAAUGAUACAUUAGGGGAUGGCACCUUUGUCCCAAAUGAUGUUUGUAUUGGUGGUUCUGGUCAUCCCAAAGUUAUUCUACUUACUGGUCCUAACAUGGGUGGGAAGUCUACUCUUCUGCGUCAAGUUUGUUUAGCAGUUAUUUUGGCCCAGGUGGGAGCAGAUGUGCCUGCUGAAAGCUUUAAGAUGUCCCCUAUUGAUCGUAUAUUUGUGCGGAUGGGUGCAAAAGACCAUAUAAUGGCAGGCCAGAGUACAUUUUUAACCGAGCUUCUGGAAACUGCAUCUAUGCUGUCAUCAGCAACCCAUAAUUCACUUGUGGCAUUGGAUGAACUUGGACGAGGAACAGCAACAUCAGAUGGUCAAGCUAUAGCUGCAUCAGUUCUUGAACACCUUGUCAACAAGGUCCAUUGUCGGGGGCUAUUUUCUACUCAUUAUCACCACUUGGCUUUGGAUUAUCAGCAAACUCCAAAGGUUUCCCUGUGUCACAUGGCAUGCCAAGUUGGAAAAGGAAUUGGAGGUCUAGAGGAGGUAACAUUCCUCUACAAGUUGACACUUGGUGCAUGCCCCAAAAGCUAUGGUGUCAAUGUUGCAAGACUAGCAGGACUUCCUGAUGCUGUGCUUCAAAAGGCUGCAAUCAAGUCAGAAGAGUUUGAGAUGAUGUAUGGUAAGAAAAUGAACCAAUCCAAGCCCACCAGUCAGGGUUGGAACAAUGACAUGGCGGUCAUCUUGCAGAGCUUAAGAAACUGUCUUGUAGAUACAUAUUCUGGUUCUUCAGCUGAUCCCAUAUGUGAACUACAAAAUAGGGCAAAGAUUCUUUUGGAGCAAAAGUAGAACCGCAUGCCUCUCUUAACAUAUUGUCAAUGUAAUUAGUUGAAAAGAUUAAGAAAGCCAAUAGAUUUUUGGCAAUUUUUGUGCAAGUGUUGCAAAGGUUUAGAUCAGAGUGUCCAUGUUUAAAUUUUGGUGAUACUAAAUUAAAUUUGAAUUUGCAAGCCUAAUUUCAACCUUUGUAAGCAUCAACUAUGUAAUCCACAUGUAGAUAAAAGAGUAAUGAAUGUAUGGAGCAAUUGUGCUAA